CCGUCCCGUCCCGCUCCGCCCGGUGCCGCUCCGCCAUGCCGCCCCGCUCCGCCGCUUUUCUCCCGCUGCUGCUGCUGCUCCCGCUGCUGCCCGGGGCCGGGCCGGGCCCCGCCGCUCCCGCACUGACGGACGCGGAGAUCGAAGAGUUCCUGCGCGGUUUCCUGGCGCCCGUGGACGGCGUUGCGGGAGGGGAUGGCAGCGAUGUGCGGCUCGGAGCUCAGCCCGGGACCGGCGGGGAGCGGGGAGCGGGGAACGGUGAGCCCCCGCAGCGGCUGACGGAGCCUGAGGAACCCAAGAAGCCCAAGAAGGACAAAGGGCCCAAGCCCACCAAGAAACCCAAAGAGAGACCCCGGGGCUCCAAGAAGGACAGGGACAGGGACAGGGACAAGAAGGCUGACGGGGAGAAGCCCCCCAAGAAACCCAAGGAGAAGCCCCCCAAAGGCUCCGAAAAGCCCCCCAAGGGCUCCAAAAAGCCCAAAGAUAAAUCCCCCAAGGAGAAGCCCCCCAAGGAAAAACCCCCCAAAGAGAAACCCCCCAAGGCCACCAAGAAGCCCCUGGACACGAGGCCACCGCAGCCACCCGACACCCCCUGGGAGCCCCCCACAGCCCCACAACCCCCGCGGGGUGAGGACGGACCGGGGACAUCACUGUCUGUGGGGCAGCCGUGGGUCCCCGAGGGGAAGGAGGAGGAGGAGGAGGAUGGCAGAGAGCGAGAGGAGCUGGAGGAGCGGCCAACCCAGCGCUGGGAGUGGGGCCGGGAGGAUCGGCGCCCUGAGCCUGAGGCAGAGGUCCCUGAGGAGCCGGAGCCGCCGACGCUGGACUACAACGAGCAGCUGGAGCGGGAGGACUAUGAGGACUUUGAGUACAUCCGGCGGCAGCAGAAGCCCCGCAAACCCCCAAACAGGAGGAAACCCGACCGGGUCUGGCCCCAACCGGAGACGGCAGCACCCACACCAGAGGAGCCCCCCGCACCGCUGCCCGGCCCCGUGACCGAGCGCGACUACGAGGAGGGCUGGGAGCGACCCGACUACGAUGACUUCGACUACGGGCUGCUCCCACCGCCCAAGCCCAAGAAGCAACCGGAGAAAGAGGAGGAGAUGGAGACAGACGAGGAGAAGUUGAAGCCCUGGAAGCCCAAGAAGGGUGGCAGCAGCAAGGAGGAGGAGGAGGAUCCUUGGGCAGAGGAGAAGGGCCGGGACAGCAAAGGAAAACCCAAAAAGCCAGGUGGGAAGAAGUGGGAGCCAGAUGAGGAUGAGUGGGCAGCACCGGAGGAGAAGACGAGGUGCCCUCCCAUCGGCAUGGAGUCCCACCGUGUGGAGGAUGACCAGAUCCUGGCCUCUUCCAUGCUGCGCCAUGGGCUGGGUGCGCAGCGCGGCCGCCUCAACAUGCAGGCGGGUCCCAACGAGGACGAUUUCUUUGACGGUGCGUGGUGUGCAGAGGACGACAGCCGCGCGCACUGGCUGGAGGUGGACACGCGCCGCACCACCAAGUUCACCGGCGUCAUCACCCAGGGACGGGACUCCCAGAUCCACGAGGACUUCGUCACCAGCUUCUAUGUGGGCUUCAGCAACGACAGCCAGAACUGGGUGAUGUACACCAACGGCUACGAGGAGAUGAAGUUCUAUGGCAACGUGGACAAGGACACGCCGGUGCUGACCGAGUUCCCCGAGCCCAUGGUGGCGCGUUACAUCCGCGUGUACCCGCAGACGUGGAACGGCAGCCUGUGCCUGCGGCUGGAGGUGCUGGGCUGUCCUCUCUCCCCUGUCAGCAGUUACUACGCGCAGCAGAACGAGGUGACAUCAGCCGACAACCUGGACUUCCGUCACCACAGCUACAAGGACAUGAGGCAGCUGAUGAAGGUGGUGAACGAGGAGUGCCCCACCAUCACCCGCAUCUACAACAUCGGCAAGAGCUCGCGGGGGCUGAAGAUCUACGCCAUGGAGAUCUCUGACAACCCGGGGGAGCACGAGACGGGAGAGCCCGAGUUCCGCUACACGGCGGGGCUGCAUGGCAACGAGGCGCUGGGCCGCGAGCUGCUGCUGCUGCUGAUGCAGUUCCUGUGCAAGGAGUACCAGGAUGGCAACCCCCGUGUGCGCAGCCUGGUCACCGAGACGCGCAUCCACCUCGUGCCAGCGCUCAACCCCGACGGCUACGAGCUGGCACAGGAGGCGGGCUCCGAGCUGGGCAACUGGGCGCUGGGCCACUGGACGGAGGAGGGCUUCGACCUGUUUGAGAACUUCCCCGACCUGACGUCCCCGCUGUGGGCAGCCGAGGAGCGGCAGUUGGUGCCGCACCGCUUCCCCGGCCACCACAUCCCCGUCCCGGAGCGCUACCUGCAGGACGCCGCGGUGGCCGUGGAGACACGAGCCAUCAUGGCCUGGAUGGAGAAGAACCCCUUCGUGCUGGGAGCCAACCUGCAGGGCGGGGAGAAGUUGGUCUCCUUCCCCUUCGAUGCAGCGCGGCCCCACAGCGAGAGCCCCGCAGCCCCGCGCCCGCCGGACGAGGACGAGGACAGCGAGCGGCCCGAGGUGCACGAGACGCCCGACCACGCCGUGUUCCGCUGGCUGGCCAUCUCCUACGCCUCGGCGCACCUCACCAUGACGGAGACCUUCCGCGGGGGCUGCCACGCACAGGACGUCACCGACGCCAUGGGCAUCGUGCAGGGGGCCAAGUGGCGGCCGCGGGCUGGCAGCAUGAAUGACUUCAGCUACCUGCACACCAACUGCCUGGAGCUCUCCAUCUACCUGGGCUGCGACAAGUUCCCCCAUGAGAGCGAGCUGCAGCAGGAGUGGGAGAACAACAAGGAGUCACUGCUCACCUUCAUGGAGCAGACCCACCGCGGGAUCAAGGGUUUGGUGACGGACCAGCAGGGAGAGCCCAUCGCCAACGCCACCAUCGUGGUGAGCGGCAUCAAGCACAGCAUCAGGACAGCCAGCGGCGGCGACUACUGGCGCAUCCUGAACCCGGGCGAAUACCGCGUGUCGGCGCGGGCCGAGGGCUACAACCCCAGCACGAAGACCUGCAGCGUCUUCUACGACAUCGGCGCCACGCAGUGCAACUUCGUGCUGGCGCGCUCCAACUGGAAGCGCAUCCGCGAGAUCAUGGCCAUGAACGGGAACCGGCCCAUCCGCCGCGUGGUGCCCGGCCGCCCCAUGACGCUCCGCGAGCGCCUGCGGCUGCGCCAGCGCCUGCGGCUCCGGCAGCGGCUCCGCGAGCGGAUGAGGCUGCGGCGACUGAACGCCACCGCCGGCCCCGCCGCCCUCCCCACCGCCCCGCCCCCCCGCACGGCGCUGCCCACGUUCAGCAGCACCACGAACGCGCCGUGGAGCCAGGAGCCGCCCACGGCGGGCACCUGGGAGAUGGAGACCGAGACGGAGGUGGUGACCGAGCUGGUGACGGUGACGGAGGUGUGGGACGAGGGCACGGGGACGGCGCGGCCCUUCACCACCGCGGAGACCUACACCGUGAACUUUGGCGACUAGGGGACGCCCGGCCCCUCGCUCCGCCUCCCGGCGCUCCGCGUGGGCACCGUGCGCGCUCCCGGAGCCCCGGGCCGGGCGGCACACAGACGCGCGUCCCCGCGCCCGGGCACGGAUGAAGCAGGGCAGGGCCCUGGCGUGGUUUUGUUACACAAAUAAACAAAGCUGUAUUGGUAGCA